AUUAGUUUUGAAUUUGUAAUCGGCUGAAAAGACAAAAAUUAUUAUUAGUUUACCAUCCAAGAUUUGCCGCAAGUAUUUUACCCACAAAACUAGGUUCCUCUCUCCCUUCAAAUCCAUGUUCUGUUGCUCCUAGUUUUCCGUUUCCCCAUCGCAUCUUUUUCCAUUUUCCAUUCAAACAAAACCAGCACAACAUAUCAUCCAAAACACAAAAACCCUUUUCUUCUUAUAUUUAUUCAACCACCAUUCUCCCACCAACCAUUUACAAAUUGCAACCAACAACAACCUUAAUUUCUCAAAUGAACAUCAUAGUACUCUUCAUUUUCCUACCAUCAUUGCUUUCUUCAGUUUCCUGCACCCCACGCGGUCAAUCCUCUUCACCGGAAACGCUUAAUGAGGCCGCCGUCAAAGCAACGCUUUUCAUGUCACUCGUCAUCUUCGUUUUCGCCCUUCUCAUCACCGCAUUCUGCUUCGUCUUCAUCCGCUGCAUAUCCAACCGAAAUCGCGCCCUUCCACAAGUCACGCGCGGACUCGACCCGCGCGUGCUCUCCACGUGCCCCGUCAUGUCCUACUCCGCGUUGAAACUGAAUCACCCCAAAGCGGUGCAAAACGCCCCGUUUCAAUGCGCGGUGUGUCUGGCGGACUUCGCCGACGACGACACGCUCCGGCUGCUGCCGAAGUGCGGUCACGUGUUCCACACGCGCUGCAUCGAGGAGUGGCUGGCUGCGCACGUGACGUGCCCCGUGUGCCGCAGCGACGUGAGCGCGGAAACAGGGGAUGCAUGUGUGCGGAACGUGCUGGAGGAGGAAGAUUCUGUAAGAGAUUUUGGUGUUCUUGUUAGGUCGCAUUCUACGGGUCACUCUUUAGAGGGCUUUUCCAUCAAAGUUCCCGAGGAAGCGAAGAAGAAGGUUCUAGAAGAUGAGGAAUGUGGAAAUUCCACGAAGAUGAAUCGUUCUUCAAGUUACGACGUCGUUUUGGGGAUUGAAGAAGGGGGUGUAGGUAGCACUACUACUACUGCUACUACAACUAGGACUAAUGAUAAUAAUAACAGUUGGAUUUUGUGGACUUCUCAACCUAUUGAUUCUGGUGAUUCGGAGAUUCCGAAGUUUUGGGGUGCUUCAAUGGUGAGAGAAGAUAAAGAAAAAGGAAAAGUGAAAGAGUUUGAUGGAAGAACAUUUUUCGAUUGUGAAGUUUGAUUUAGCAUGUGUUUUUUUUUUUGGAAGGGACGAGGAAAAAAUGUUGCGGUUUGUUGUACAGUAGGUAGGGUUUUAAAAAGUAUUAAUUUUCUUUUUAACAUGUAGUUUGAUCUCAGAUAGAUUAAAAUGUAUAGAAAAUACUUAUUAUUGAUUCUCA